GUGUCACAGGUGUCACAUCAGAUGUAUUCGAUAUCUGUGUAGCGCAGACGUUUUGAAAGAUAUAAACAUUUAAAAAGAAUCAAAACAGAGGUCAUUUGUGAGUGCUGUUCCGGUUCAGCGUAUAUAAAUCUUGUAAAAAUUUUCAUCGGUUUUCAUUGACAAGGUGCAGAAUUAUGUCACAAAAUUUUGAUAAAGUUACCCACUGCCUAUUCGAUAUGGACGGGCUAUUGCUUAAUACAGAACACUUGUACACAAAACUCAUACAGCAAACGAUUGAAGAAUUCGGCUCGACGGGGCGUUAUACCUCUGAGAUGAAAGUGUCUAUGAUGGGUUGCCAGAGUAUGGAGCUCUCCAGACGCAUCAUUGAAAUAUUUCAACUGAAUGUAACUCCUGAAGAAUAUCAUGAAAAACACAAUCAAUUGGGCGAGAAAAUCAUGCCUACGGCUGAAUUACUACCAGGGGUCGAACGCUUAUUGCGUCAUCUGCACAAACAUGAUAUUCCAAUUGCAUUGGCGACUAGCUCCAGCAAGGAGUUGUAUGAUAUGAAAACGGAAAAACACGGCGAAGUAUUCGAUCUAUUCAAUCACAAAGUGUACGGUUCUAGUGAUGCGGAAGUGGUAAAUGGUAAACCGUCACCCGAUAUAUUCAUCGUUGCGGCUAGCCGUUUUCCUGACCAACCAGAUCCGAAACAAUGUUUGGUAUUUGAAGAUGCACCGAAUGGUGUGAAGGCAGCAAUAGCUGCUAAUUGUCAGUGUGUUAUGGUGCCGGAAGACUACGUUACGGCCGAUUUACGCAAGGAAGCAACAUUGGUGCUGGAUUCGUUGGAAGAGUUUCGGCCAGAAUUGUUUGGACUACCACCGUUCGACGAUUGAAGGAGGAUACUAAAUGAGAGAUUCAAGUACAAAAAUAAUAUCCGGAAGCAUAGCUCAACAGGUGUUACGUUGGAAGACAUGUUACUAUGCCGUAAAUAUCAUUUUAUUUUUCUAACUAUAUCCUCCAGGCCAAGCUUAAGUCACUAGAUAUUGAUUAUUGUUUGUUGAUAUUCUAGAAAUAGUUGUUAGAAUAAACGAACCAUUUAGGAAAA